CAAGUCGCUUCGAUACUGACCACAAGUCAAGACUCCAAAAUCUGCGUCCACCAUGCCUAUCAUCAAGUCGUCAACUCCGGUGCACCUGCCUGGAGCCAUCGUGUCAACGGAUCACUACAUCACAUGCCCUCUCGAUCACUUCACUCCGUCGUCCACAUCAACCAUCGAUGUGUUCAUUCGCGAAGUGGUUGCCGCCAAGAACGAGUCGAACGCUUCGCUGCCGCUGUUGGUGUACCUGCAAGGCGGCCCUGGGUUCGCUUCUCCUCGGCUAACCGCUCCUCCAUCUGGUUGGUUAAAGUCCAUGCUGACCGAGUACCGUGUGCUGCUGUUGGAUCAGCGCGGCACGGGCUUGUCUUCGGCACUGACGGCCCAGACGUGCGGGGCGUUCCAAGGUGACGCGGCUGGUCUCGCCGCGUACCUCACGCAUUUCCGCGCCGAUUCAAUUGUCCACGACGUCGAACUGUUCCGGAAGACGCGGUUCCCAUCCCAGAAACUCACGCUGCUCGGGCAAUCGUUCGGUGGGUUUUGUAUCUUGAGCUACGUGUCGUUCUUUCCCUCGUCCCUGGAGCGGCUGCUGUUCACGUGUGGCCUGGCGCCUGUGCACGCGACGCCGCAACAAGUAUACGAGGCCACGUAUGCCAACGUUGUCGAGCGCAACCGGCGGUUCUAUGUGCGGUAUCCAUCGGACAAGGUCAAAGUGGCCGAAAUCGUGCAGCAUUUACGUCGGACGCCGGCCAAGUUGCCCAGCGGCGGCGGCAUCCUCACCGCGCGGCGCUUUCAAAUGCUCGGCCUAUCGUUGGGCACGGUCGCGGGCAUGGAAACGUUGCAUUACUUGUUGGAAUCCGCCUGGGUCAGUCAUUUCCACUCGCCUUCCGACCAAGGGCAGAGUCCAAGCAAGCAGCUCUCGCAUGCGUUCUUGACCGCCGUGGCGAGCCACCAAUCGUCCUUUGACACGAACCCGAUGUACUGGUUCAUGCACGAGUCCAUCUAUUGCGACGGUCCGGCCUUCUCGCCGUCGAAUUGGGCCGCGGAGGCUGUCCACAACGCCAUGGAAGUGCAAGGCCACGCAUUGUUCAACCCAGCCCGCUUUGACGAGCUGGAUGCCGCCGAACUGGCCGAGGAAGCGACCCUGCAUCCCGUGUACUUUAGUGGCGAAAUGGUGUUCUCGUGGAUGGCGGACGACUUCCCCGAGUCCCUCGCGCCGUUUCGCGACGCCGCCAACCUCUUGGCCAAGAAAACCGACUGGCGGCCGUUGUACAAUGAAGCGAACCUGCGCGACAUAGCCAUCCCCACGGCCGCCCUCGUGUCCUUUGACGACCUGUACGUGGACCGCACGUGGUCCCUCCGCACGGCGGCCCUUCUUGGCGACAACUGCCACGUUUUUGUGUCGAACGAAUACCAACAUGCAGGCAUCCGAGACGACCCUAAUCUUGUGGAGAAGCUGCUCAAGAUGUCGAAAUCCGAGCUCAUCGUGCCCACCUAAGUUGGGGACGAAGUGCAACGUGUAGUUGGAUUAGAAGGUUACUAUAGCCUCUAGAGAGGACGCGUCCUAGCAUGUCUUAAAUGCCCAGGGAGAGCAGAGCGAGUUUUAUAAAUGAGUCUUAUCGUGUAGAUUUAUUUAAAAAGAUAAAAACUCCCCAGCAAGCCA